GGUAGUCCAGUUCCUCUCAGUUCAGUGGAGAACAGCACCCACAACAAGCACCAACGAGAGCGAGAGCUUUCAAUCUGGCAAACGACAUGCCGCGGGUGUUGACGCGCUUCAUCGAGGAACCACAAGUGUUCGCCUGCGCGAAUUGCAAGACGCACCUGUCUACCGAGGGAAAUAUUGAAUCGAAGGACUUCACUACACAAAACGGGAGGGGUUUUCUGAUCAACAAAUUGAUCAACGUCACCAACGGUCCUUCCGCUGACAGAAGCUUGAGAACAGGCAUGCAUGUCUGCCAGGAUGUCUACUGUGUGACCUGCGACACCAACGUGGGAUGGAAAUAUAUCAAGGCCUUCAACCAGACCGAGAGGUAUAAGGUUGGGAACUUUGUGCUGGACGCUGUGAAGGUUAUAAACUACCAUUGGGAAUCCGUCGACUAAGGCGGCAUACCUCUCCGUAUUGUCGAUAACUCGAGGGGGAUAGCGACCGUAUCCGAUGAGAAAAUGUGUUGGUGCUGCGGUAGCUGCGCAGGAGCGGUUUAGUUCUAUUAGUGUAACCUAUGGGAAUUUGAUGACCGAUCCACGCGGAAACGGCACAUGUGCAUAAUGUGAACAAGAUUCGACAGCUGAGUAAAUUACCGGUGGAUUUGGGGGAGGUUUACUUAUGAAUUAUCAACGAUGUGAGCGUCAAGCGCGUGUCGUUUGUUCAAAUUAGUGCGUUGUUUCUGGACCUUGACACCCACCUAGCGACGAGCUCUACCUUCCUUCAUUUGGCCGUGGAGAGCCAUACAUGCUGCUUAGAGUGGACAUCUCUUGGCUUCCCCUGUAAAUGCGAAUGUUCGUCGAACGUGCCGAAAGUCUGAUUGACGCAACAGGUGCGUUCUUCGUAUGCAUACUUCCAAACAGAUGAAAGUUUAAGUUUCAAUGCCUUUUGCCGUCCGUGUAGCAGCUUGUUGAAAUCGAAAAAUUGUGUUGCGAUCGGUUGCUCCAUUGGAUUUGAAGCCAUCUGCCCUCGUACAGGUCAUCAUAUGUUCGCGCCACGCUGAACAGGCGAUAUCGGGUUUGCGUUCAGAUACAUAUGAGAGGGGCAGAGUGCAACGACGAAAGUUGCGACGUUGAAAAAACAAGGCGGGUUCACUGCACGCCAAUACGAUGCUACCCUCAGCUGUUGAACAAGUACAGCGGUCCCGCGAAAUGUGCGAUGGCAUGUUUCGCAGCAUCAGUGACCA